CACAAUCAAAAGACAAAAAGCAACAGUCGAGUUGCAGCAGGGGAAUCCCUAUCAGAGACAUGCCCAAGAGGAAGAGAGAUGCUCUUCAGUCAUGGAGCUGCUUUCCUAACAUGAGGGGGAUCACGCUCUCCUCCCUCUGCUUAUUGAUGCACCUGCUUCAAGAGGAGUCAACUACGAUUUUAGUUUUGGAACGUCAAGACCUGCAAGAGUUGAUUAAACCACAGAAGGUCAAGUUUCAUUCGUUAAACUUCAACAACACUUUGAGCUGGCUGCCUGGGAGAGCCAGCGAGGCACAAGACACUGUCUACUUUGUGCAGUAUAAAGUGUAUGGGGAGAGCACGUGGCAGAACAAGGGAGACUGCUGGGGGAUUCAAAACCAUUUUUGUGACCUAACGAAUGAGACUUCAAAUGUUCAAGAGCCUUAUUAUGGCAGGGUAAAAGCUGCUUCAGCUGGAGUCUAUUCUGACUGGACUCUCAGCUGCAGAUUCACUCCAUGGCGAGAAACUAUGAUUGGACCUCCAUCGGUAACUGUGGUUCACAGGAACAAGUCCAUAAUACUAAAGCUCCAGGCUCCACAUUCUCCUUAUAAAAGGAAGAGAGGCAGCAACAUACCAAUGACAAAUUAUUAUGAUCUGCUAUAUCAAGUCUUCAUAAUUAACAAUUUGCUAGAUGAGAAACACAGCACCCUGGUGUACGAAGGAGCAAACAAGGUUAUUACAAUAGAAGAUCUGCGGCCUGGCGUCAGCUACUGCAUCAUGGCGAAAACUUACGUGCCGAUGCUGGACCGCGGCAGCGCAUACAGCAGCCGGCAGUGCACAGUGCUGCUGUGACAGAGAGGCACUGCCGCGGCAGAGAUAACAGUGGAAGAUGCUUCCCAUCAUGGACCCAGAUGUAAGUGGACAUCUGUGGUUUAGGAAGUGACUGGAUACGUAUUUCGAUGGUUUUUAAAUUGAUCUUUGCUGCACUAAAUGAUCUGAUUCAUCACAAUCAUUUUAGGCUACACAAAGCACAAGUGUUAUUUGCAUUUUCUAUAUUACAAUUUAAGAUGGUAUGCAUUUGCAAGUACAAAGGAAAUAGCCUUGUAUUGUAAUUACAAUUACAAAACAGCAAAAAACACUUGUGAAAAUAUAUCCUUAAGGCUGUUUCUAGGGCUUUUCUAUUUUAGCACUGAAAUUAAAAUAAAAUUUUUAAAAUA